AUGCAAAAAAAAACGCCAUUAAAUAGGCAGGUGGUUUUGGAAUGGUUUGAAUAGCCAGAUUAAGUAUUUGCUGAUACUCUUCUAAGAAAUUAUUCAUUCACAUUCUCGAAAUUACCUUAGGAAGAGGAAAUAUAAUUAAUAUUAUGUUCUGUGGAAAAGGCUUACAAUAGCAAAAGAGGUGCUUGGACUCCAUGCCAAGAUAAGUUUCUUAAUCUUGCAGUUUUGGGAAUAUGCCUAAAAUAUCAUAUGAAGCCAAUAGAACUAGUAUUUUAUAUUUUCUAUUUUUAUAGUCUCCAUAAUAUUGGGAAUAAAUUUCUAGAUUGUUUCGUUUUCAUAAUUGGAAAUCUUGUAGAAAUAGAUGGUUGGAAGAUUGUCACAAAAAGGUAAGUUGGACACCUCAGGAAGAUAGAGUUUUAAAAGAAUUAUAGUAAUUUAAACCAAACAAAUGGUGUGAGAUUGCAUUAGAUUUGAUGAGGAUAUGUAAAACUCCUUAUGUUAGGUAAGGAAAGUAAUGUCGUGAUAGAUGGGUAAAUAAACUGGAUCCGAAUAUUGUCAAGUAGAUUAAUAUUUAUAUAAAUUAGCCUACCUUGGACAAGAGAAGAGGAGCUUUUACUGUUUAGAGAGAUAGAAUAAAGAGGAAAGAAAUGGGCUGAGAUUUCUCUUUAAGUCUUUUAAUUGAAGAAAACAGAAAAUACUAUAAAAAAUAGAUAUUAUAAUCUAUUAAAAUAAGCAGAAUCAAAAAUGAAAUUUGGAAGGAUAACAAAAGAAUUAAAAAAUAAAAUAUUAGUUGAUUCAGUGAUUAAAUAAUUAGAAGCUUCUAUUAAUUAAUAACCAAAGUAAGAAUAAGUAGAAGAAAAUUAAGUCAAAAAUUACAUAUUAGAAUUAUUUGACUUUAAUAAUUUUGAUGAUUAUGAAGAAGUUGCUAUUUUAUUUAAAAGAAAAUUUGUUAAAUUACAUGAUCAGUAGUGA